GUACGACACGUUCUUCUCCAGCUCGGCAGCUGACAACUCUCACAGGACGGCGCUGGCGGCCGUACGAGACUCCACGUGGGCCGGCGAGCGAGUGACACUAUCAAUAAUGGCAUCAUCGGGCUUCCAUCUGUUACUGCUGCUUCUGGGGGCCAGUGCCGUGUUAACAUCAAAGACACCCAAGUCAAAGGUUGUAAAAUGCGCUGUGUGUCACAGUCUCAUGACCGAGCUCCACAGUUCCAUUUCUCAGGUAGACCCCAGGAAAAAAAUAGACGUUGGUUCGUACCGGAUCGAUGCUGACGGAAAACAGAAAUUGUCAUCAGUGAAGUACGCUGGCUCUGAGCUGCACAUGAUGGAGCUUCUGGAGUCGGUGUGUGAGAGCAUGAAGGACUAUGCACAGGCCCGGCACAAAGAAACGGGCCGACUGGAAGCUAUCAAGCUGGUAGUGGAUGGGGGUAUGAACCCACGCUUUGGUGAGUAUGAAAUGGUGCAGGACCCUGAUCUCAACAAGGGUCUGGAAUUCCACUGCAACACUCUUGUGGAGGAGUUUGAGGAUGAAUUGGUGGCUCACUUCAGGGAGAAUGCAGAGACUGAUGUUGAGGAUUCGCAGGAGACUUUUUGCUACAAGGUGUCAAAUGUAUGCACUGGGAUCAAGGACGAAUUGUAAUGAUAAAUAUUUAGGUCUAAUCAUUCAGAGCCAUCUUAAGUAUUCCAUGUAAACAUGUUCUGUGUUAUUUUUUUACAUAAAUUUGUAUGUAUAUGUGAAAAGAGUAUUUUAUUUAUGCAUUUCUUUGUUGUCUAUUGUUUAAGAACAUUUUGAUAUAUAAUGACUUGUGAUAAAGAUAUAAAUUGAUGAAGUUAUUACAUUUAAGAAAAGAAAUUUAACUUCUGCAGAUAUAUGCAAUUGAAUUAUUACAAAUGUAUAAUCCAUUAUUAUUAUUAUUACAUGGAAAUAAAAGAAUUGGAACACUAUCAAUACAUUUCAGAUUUCAGAUUCAUUGGUUCAUCCCAAGUAUGAUGAUCAUUUAUUUUAGAUUACAGUAAAUGGUAUAAACAAUGAGACUAUUACUGGACAAACUCUGAAAACCUCUGAUAAUGAAAUUUUCUGGAAUUAGAAUUGCUCAGAGAAAGGACAGCCUUCUAUAUUGUAUUUAAGACUUUUAAGAACAACAUUAUAGUUUUUUUUUUAUCCUUCAACUGUGCUACUAAAAUAACAUGUAAAAGAGAUUUACAAUGAAAAGUUCUUAAACCUGUAUUGCAUUCUUCUAAUUUGUUAUUGAUAGAAUGAAAAAAGAAAAGAGAUUCUCAUCCUUUAUAUACUUCUUAUUUAUUAAGAUUUUUAUUCCCAAGAGGUUUCCUGUUGGAUGAUUAUUAUUAUUAUUUUUUUUUUACUUGUGGUUUGGAAGGCACUAGUAGAAUUAGCUCAAAGCAUUUGGUGUUCAGUAGUUUAUAAACCAUAACUUCAAAACUAAUUAUAAGAAAGUGUUUUGUGUGGUAACCAGGGAACCAUAAAUAUGAAGAGGAUGUGGGAAAAAAAACAUGUAUAUUUUUAUAUUUGAAUAGGUAAGAUAUCCUUGAGCUGGUUGUUGAAUCACAUUAUUUCUUUCUGUAAAGUAUGAAACUGCCUUUUUCAUAUUUAAAGAUUUUUCAUACAUUUAAAAUCAUGUUGGAUACUCCUGUAUACCACAUAUAUGAUGGUGUUUUCAUUUCAAAAGCCAGUUUCAUUACAUGUGUGAACAGGACCCAAAAAUUAUUUUUUCACCUUAAAGGCAUUAACAUUUUUGAAAUUUGGUUGCGUUGAAAACCUUUUUAUCUGUUAUGGUUAUAGGAAGUGUUUUAAGAACAAUAAUAAUGAUUGUUUUGUCUUUGUUUUUUUAGAUAUUAUUAUUAUUACUGUUAUUAUUGUAAUAUCAUCCUCCUUAUUUAUUAUUGUUAUGCAUUGACAAAGAUGAGUGUGUAUUUAGGUAAAAAAAAUUGUGAUGUUGGAUUUUGUAAGAAUGGGUAGUGUUGGGGCAUUUUACAGUAUUGUGUCAUUUAUACUGUCUAAAGUGGAAAUGGGUUGUUGUUUUUUAAAUAAAUAAAAGAUAUUUAUUAAUUA